CACAACACAGUGUAGUUCAACUUACCAAACAAGAAAGAUGUACUAUAUUAAGAAUUUAUUCUGUGUUGUUCUUCUUCUAGUAACUAUUCAUGCUGCAUAUUCUUUGAGUUGUUAUUUGUGUAUUGGUCCAGCAAAUGGUGGAUGUGCUAACGGAAAUCUAAAAGAUUUAGUUAAACAAAAAUGUAAUGGAGGACAUUUAUCAAAUCUUCCCGACUUAAGACAUGUGGCUAUGGGAAAUGAAAUUGAUAUACCAGUUAAAGCUUCUUGUGUUCAAUUAAUUGCUACUGAUCGAAAAACUAAUUUAACAGCUUACCAAAGAGGUUGCGCUUUUGUACCUCAGAAAUGGAAAGUUUGCAAAUUCGUAGAAAAGUUUGUUCGUGUUAAAAAUUGCACCGAAUGCCAAAGCGAUUAUUGCAAUAAGAAGUCGUUGAUGGAAGAUGAGUUUUGAUUACAACAAUAUGUUGUUUUCUUUCUAUGCACUUUAUUUCUUUUCUAUUUUGCGUUAUGUAACUGUAAAAUUGAACUAUAUACACAUAAGAGAUUGUUUUUUAAUUUUUGUCUAGAACAAUUCAAAAAUACAAUUAUCAUUGUUUAAUAAAAAUAGAAUCUUUAUA